GGCACUUCGUGGGACGAUCACGAGCAGGCGAUGGAUGUCUUGGGGUGGGAACACCAUCCAUUCUCACGGCGGAUAUCUGUGGAUACACCCAUCCAAGGCAGGCCCUGAAGCAUCCCAAUCUCGGAUCUCGAUCCUCAGAUCUGACCGAGGACAGGGCUAUUGUCCUCCACUCCCCCGGGCCACCCACUGUACUCUUACAGACUCUUACGCGACUCUCAACGACCUCUCGUUCUUCUUGCGCACGAAUCAUCUAUGACACCCACGCAAGGAGAAAGGGAUGGGUUCGAAGAACGACUUCGGCAGCGUACAGAUGACAAGUCGUCACAUCCACUCGACACUGUACCGACGGAUCCAGGUCUGCGACCCCGCGGGAAGAUCCCAAACACACCACUAGCUGCAUCUACCCUCUCAUUUCUACUCGGCAUCGUCUUUGCACUUGGAUUUGGGACCUUUAUACUUGGAGGGUUUGAUCGCUUCUGGUGGACAACGCACCAAUUGGGUUUCUAUCUCGCUGCAUGGGCAGCGUUUCAUUGGGGCGAGUUCGCUGUGACUGCGGGUUGGAACAGGGACAAAUGUAGCAUAAACUCAUUUCUGCUAGAGAACGGAGCGCAGUACCACAUAGCGCACAGCGUCGCAAUCGCCGAAUACUUACUCACAUUGUACUUCAAGCCGUCAAUUAAAUGUCAUCCCUAUGUUUCCCAAGUUGGAAUCGCCCUGACGGUGGUGGGCCAAGUGCUCAGGUCGUCUGCUAUGGUCCACGCAGCCCAGAGCUUCUCGCAUGUUAUUGCGAUGCGCAAGGUCGACACGCAUAUACUCGUCACUGAUGGUAUAUACAGGUGGUUCCGGCAUCCGUCGUAUGCUGGCUUCUUCUAUUGGGCCUUGGGCACCCAGCUUGUUCUGCAGAACCCUAUAUCAUUCCUCGGGUUUCUUAUUGUGCUCUGGAGAUUCUUCGCUCAACGCAUACGUGGCGAGGAGGGCUACCUCAUCCGCUUCUUUGGAAACGAUUACAUACAAUACCGCAAGAGAGUUGGCACGAGGAUACCAUUCAUCCCAUAAACAUUCGUCUGUGUACCAAAAUACGAUGACCGGCUUGGUGGAUAAUAGUAUGUCAGUCACAUGUGUAGUGACGCGUGAGGGAGCAC